UCUACUGAUGAGUAAGAAGACAGAACAAUGAGCCAGAAUCACGUGUCAGGGAUGGAGACCUCUGCUGUCUCCGUCCUGAAGCGGGCGGUGGAGUUGGACCAGAUCGGCCGCUUCCAGGAGUCUCUGGUCUGCUACCAGGAGGGAAUCCAGCUCCUCAUGGACGUAUUGAAAGCUGUGAAGGAUGAGUCAAAGAGAGGACACUACAGGGAUAAGAUUAAAGGCUACAUGGACAGAGCAGAACAAAUCAAAGUUCAUGUGAACCAGAUGAAAGAAGAUGGGAAGUACCACGAGCAGAUUAAAAUAGCAGAAGAUGCUACUGGUUACAGCUAUGAGGCUCUUUUCAAGCCGUACAUCAGCACUUUACUCACAGAGGUCUGGGUUCAGGACCCGUACAUACGGCACACACACCAAUUGUACAACUUCCUGCGGUUCUGUGAGAUGCUGCUGAAAGCGUCCUGCAAGGUGAAAAAGAUCCAUCUGCUGACGUCACAGGACGAGACGGAUAGCGGCCAGCAGAGCAGCGCCCUGGCUGAGCUGAAACAGAGCGUCGGUGCUCAGGGAGUGACUCUGGAUCUGCAGUACUCCUCCACUAUACACGACAGGGAGAUCAGAUUUGAUAAUGGAUGGAUCAUAAAGAUAGGCAGAGGGCUCGAUUACUUCAAGAGGCCUAAGGGAAGAUUCUCUAUUGGAUAUUGUGACUAUGACCUCAGACAGUGUCAGGAGACCAAUGUAGACAUCUUUCACACCAAACACACAAAAACACUUUAAGAUUCAGAAAGCUUUAAUUCCUGUAUUUCUUUUACAUCUCAAGUGACUUACCUUAAGUACCUGCCCUCAAAACACAGACAUACCUGUUGUGUUGUUGGAUUUGUCCUAACACACAGGUGCAUGUGAUCAGCCUUAAACGACUGUGUAACUUAGCAAUGCUUUUAAACUAUGCUUUUUUUUAAACACUGCUAUGACUUCGAUUAAAAAAAUGUUUUUUUUUUAAAUCUCCAUGUCUAAGGGGUAAUAUGUCGGAAAUGUCCUCGUGCAGUUCAUGCAAAGACUUGUUUCUUUUUCUUUCUUUCUAAGGCUUCCUCUCCUUUUUGUAACUUUUCUCUAAAAUUGGGUGGUCCAUAAUGUCUAAAGGGGGUAAAUGUUUUUUUAAGGUGGCCUAACACCAUCUAGUGGAAGAACAAAUGUAAACGUUUUUUUAAACUGUUAUUAAAAAGUGCUUUGUAAUAAAAUAAAAUAUUGGUUUUAUUAUUAAAA